AUGGCUUUUCUGGUCGGGGCUUUUGUGAAACAAGCUUCAAAAGCUAAUCUGCUUGUCCAGAUGCUUUUGGUGAUCGCCUUUUACGCUCUUGCGACCGCUUCCUCUAUGAUCAACACAGGGAGCCUUCCAGCUGAUAUCGAGUUAACUGAAAGUUCUGCCAAUACAAGUUUGGUUUUAGAAUAUUUAAAUCUUCUACACGCACGCGCGGACACAAGCCUAAGGCCCAAGGUUGUUUUUCAAUCGACUUGUUCGAAUGAUCAGAUUGCCUACCUUCAAACAGCCAUGAGAGACGCGGCGGAUCUGGCCUCCAGAGCUCGUACUGCAAUUAUCGAGCUUUUGGAAAUAAUGGAAAACAGAGAACAGCCUAGAACCUGGGCGGCGGCCACGUACACUAGAAACAGCCGAAAUUUUCUUCUUUGGAUUUCUUUUUUUGGACAGAUAGAGCUUGGAAGAGCGAGUGGAAAGGUCACACAGGCGGAUGCUAUAGCCACAAUGAAGCUGGCGAAAAGAAUCUUCAAUGAUGUCAAGAAGAAAUUAAGCGCAACUAACACAGACCUUGAAAUGAUAAUCAAUUGUUCUGAUGAAAGGCUUAUCAACACGGGCGAAGUGAGUGAUAUGGGGGCUCCACUUUAUCACGAUACAAGAAUUGAAGAUCGCGAAGUUCUCAUCGAGCAUCAUGUGACUUGCCAUGAGAAUCCCAAAGCGCGAGCUUAUACGUUCUAUCAUAAUACGGAUAUUAAGGACGAGACCGUAUAUUGCCCAGGUAGUUUCAAUCUUUGGGGUGGAAAGAACUUGGCUGCAAUUCAAAGCUCCUCCUUUCAAUCCUUGAAGGGCCAGCGCAUGUCAUACGUGAAGGAGUACUCCGCGGCCAUCACAGUGUUUCAUGAGUCCACCCAUUGCGAAGGUAUUUUUGGUGACAAUUUCACUCGUGACCUGACAAUUGUUCAUAACGGGAAAAAGUGGGCGGCUUAUGGGUCAUUGCUUGCCCGAGAGCUUGCCAAGGUAUUCACAAGCACUGGUACCCCCAUUAAUAAUGCUGGUGAAUGGAACUUCUUCGUCUCAAACGAGCCAAAUCUUUAA